AUAUCGUAUUAAAGAGAAUAACGCGCAAUAUGACUCUCAUAAUGAGAUUGCGAGAUGUUCCGAAGAGCUCGGUUACCGCUUUCGUACAGUUGAUAUGCUGUGUGGAGUGGACAAAGAGUCUGGGCCAAUGGAGUGAGACAAGGAUGGGCGACAAGACCCCGAAAAUCAUCUCAUCUACCUCACGAUUACAGCAGAGAAGAUACCGCCUACACAAGAUACAACACAGCCGAAGCGGGGGAGAAUUGGCUGGAUUCCACUAUAGUGGCGUCUCAUCACUAAUACAAUGCCAUGAAAUUGACGUGAUGUUUGUGGAAACGGCCGUUGAACAAAGAAGAAUGAAGAAAAAAUUGAAAAUUGACAGCCUUAACGCGGAGGCAGCAGGAUCAACAAUUGUACAUGUCAAGUUAGCAGACGACUACAACCUCGCCGCCGGUGAUUGGGCGAACGAGGCAGCAUGGAUCGUGGGAAAGGCUGAAACGCCGACCCGUGGUCACGAUGCCUUUGACGGCGUAGGCUAA